AUGGCGAAGAUCAAGAUCGGAAUCAACGGAUUUGGAAGGAUCGGCCGUUUGGUGGCGAGGGUUGCUCUGCAAAGAGAUGAUGUGGAGCUUGUUGCUGUUAAUGAUCCGUUCAUCAGCACUGAUUACAUGACAUACAUGUUUAAGUAUGACAGUGUCCACGGCCCAUGGAAGCAUCACGAGUUGAAGGUGAAGGAUGAAAAGACCCUUCUCUUUGGUGAUAAACCUGUUACAGUUUUCGGUCACAGGAACCCUGAGGAGAUCCCAUGGGCUGAGACUGGGGCUGAGUUUGUUGUGGAGUCUACUGGUGUCUUCACUGACAAGGACAAGGCUGCUGCUCACUUGAAGGGUGGGGCUAAGAAAGUUGUGAUCUCAGCUCCGAGCAAAGAUGCGCCCAUGUUUGUCGUGGGAGUUAAUGAGCACGAAUACAAACCCGAGUUGAAUAUUGUCUCAAACGCUAGCUGCACCACUAACUGCCUUGCCCCAUUGGCUAAGGUCAUUAAUGAUAGGUUUGGCAUUGUCGAGGGCCUCAUGACCACUGUUCACUCUAUUACCGCCACUCAAAAAACUGUCGAUGGCCCAUCGAGCAAGGACUGGAGAGGUGGAAGGGCCGCCUCGUUUAACAUCAUCCCCAGCAGCACUGGUGCCGCUAAGGCUGUUGGAAAAGUGCUUCCAGCCCUCAACGGCAAAUUAACCGGGAUGUCUUUCCGAGUCCCCACUGUUGAUGUUUCUGUGGUUGACCUGACUGUAAGGCUGGAGAAAGAAGCCACCUAUGAGGAUAUCAAAGCUGCCAUCAAGGAAGAAUCUGAGAACAAGCUCAAGGGCAUCCUGGGUUACACUGAGGACGAUGUUGUGUCCACCGAUUUCGUGGGUGACAGCAGGUCGAGCAUUUUCGAUGCCAAGGCUGGAAUUGCAUUGAACAAGAAUUUUGUGAAGCUCGUGUCGUGUGAUAUAACCAGCAGCAGGAUUAAGGGCCAAGAAUUCAACCAGCCCAGCAACCUCUUCUGGUUGGCCGUACCUUCCUGA